AUAUUAUGUCGUAUUGCCAUCCUAGAUUCCAAUCCUUCCUUCCUUCACAUUCUAUUCUAUUUACCCUUUGUUGGUCCGCGAAGUUUCUUGUUUCCUCCAACAUAUAAUACCUCAUCUUUCUCUUUCAAUUUCUCUCUUCGCUUUUUUUUGAUUCACACACAAUGGGUCUCUGGGAUUCCUUCCUCAAUUGGCUCCGCAGCUUGUUUUUUAAACAGGAGAUGGAACUUUCACUUGUUGGCCUUCAGAAUGCUGGCAAGACUUCUCUUGUCAAUGCAAUUGCUACUGGGGGCUACAGUGAGGACAUGAUUCCAACUGUUGGUUUCAACAUGAGAAAAGUGACUAAGGGAAAUGUCACAAUAAAGCUUUGGGACCUUGGGGGACAGAGGAGGUUCCGAUCAAUGUGGGAGCGAUACUGUCGGGGUGUCUCUGCUAUCGUAUAUGUUGUAGAUGCCGCUGAUAGAGACAGUGUUCCAAUAUCUCGAAGUGAGUUACAUGAUCUAUUGACAAAACCUUCUUUGAGUGCGAUUCCUUUGCUUGUUCUUGGAAACAAAAUUGACAAGUCAGAAGCUCUUUCUAAGCAAGCAUUGGUAGAUCAGCUAGGACUUGAGUCAAUUAAAGACAGAGAGGUCUGCUGCUAUAUGAUUUCAUGCAAGGAUUCUGUUAACAUAGAUGUAGUCAUUGACUGGCUAAUCAAACACUCAAACACUGCAAAGUGAUCCUUGGUUUGGCCAGUAUUUCAUUUUUAGUCAAAGAUACAAGGCGUUGAGGAAAUUCCUUCUUGGUAGAAGAAUACAUUUUCAUUAAUUUAGUUGUGGUUCAAGUUUGUUUGUAUAGUAAUCAAACCAGGUCAGAUCACUCAAAUAUUGCAUGCAGUGUUCCUAUGUAUCAUAAACCGAUUAGUUGAUCUCGUACAUUUUAUUUUUUUUGGUUUCUAUUUUUAAUAAAAUACAAGUCCAACAAGUUUAUUUGUCUGAAAAAUUGAAUACUAUUGUGUUCCUUAUAUGGGGAAAAAAGUUAUAUCUUGAUGAAUGCUUCCCAAA